UUUCAAACAAAGCAUAGAAUUAAUACAAUAUUUUUCUAUAUACUAUAAGAUGGAUGCCAAUUAAUGUAGACAUUAAUGAAUGAUUUUGGUGUAUAUCUCAUAUCACAGCAAAGCACAAAUUGAAAGCUGCUUUUGCAUACAUUACCAGUACUGCACUAAACAUAUUUUUAUCUUUGUGUACAACCGACAACAAAUGCAGCCAACACCAACCGACGGUAGAGCACCGUGUGCCGCUCCACGGGCGAAAGAGCUCGCGUCACCGCAUCACUCACUGACAGCCCAUCUCCACCUAAGCAUCCCUGGCCUCUCAUCCACGUGUUCCGUUCGCCCCAUCUAUUUCUUCCCCUUUGCUUCUCCCCGGAGGAAUCCCUCCCCUUAUCCCAGCCCCGCUUUGCUCAUGAGCUUCCGAUUUACCUUUCUCGAUCUCUAACCUCCUCCUCCCUCCCUCCCCCAUUGCUAUGCCCGUAAUUCCCGUCGCAAAUAAUGGUGGCCCUCGUCGCUCUCUAACCUGGUUCAUCGGUGGAGGUGUCCCCGUCAGUGCACCACCCUGGAGUAAUGGGGUGGGGGAAGAACCCAUGCCCGUCGUGCGGCCUCCCCGCGCUGUCGCGGGCCACCAUUAUUUGCGACGCCUACGAACGUGGGUUCCCCGAAUCCUGCGUCCACGUCUUGGGUCCGAUUAUGCGCCAGCCUCCGCCACCACCGCUGCCCAGCCGCCCUGGUGUGUGGGUGCGGCGGCCUCCGGUAGCGGUGACCUAGGACUGGAUGGGCAAGAGGGGUCAAAUUCUGGUCAAAAUUGUGAUGCAGCAGUCAAGCCAACAAGAUUGCUAGCUGUUAACGGUGGCUUGGUUCCGGAGUCAUCACUGAGGCCUGUUACAGGAAGAAACUCUGGUAUCCUCAAGCAGCAAAAGAUCAAUUUGCUUGAUAUAGAUGCAGCGUUGCCUGAGGAAGCUUUGAGAGCCUCAAAGUCUCAACAAAUAAGAAGGCGUUCAUGGCGUGCUUUCAUCAAACAUGCAGAAUCAAUAUCCGAGAUGGUACUGGCGACCAGCAUGUUGGAGAGAGUGAUAAAAUCCGAGUUCUUGAAGAAUGAUUGGUGGUACUGGUCCUCCUUCACAGUAGCUAUCAAGACCUCAACUGUAUCCUCGCUCGCUCUCAGGAUCUACACUCUUGACGACUGUAUCAUGUACACCAAGGAGCCUAACAUCGUGCUGGCUACAAAGGUUGUAAACAAGGGGAUGACGAUGAAAGAACCAGAACCAUCGGUGUCAUACUCUGCGCCGAUUGAUCUAUUUUAUACCCCAAACUUAAGAUGUUCUGCAGAGCAGUGCAAAACAAUUUGAUGCUGUGGUGAUAGAUAGAGAUGCUAUAGACAGUCUUCCAUUAUGUGGUCCCUUGAGACUUUAGGGCUAGCUUUGAUUAUGCUGUUCCUGCAACGCUGCAGCCUUGACCGUUCAUUUUAAUAAGUCAUAUUUACCAGACAAUAGUUGUGUGCCUUACUUAUGUUAGGGCCAACGAAGAAG